AUGAGAGAAAUCAUCCACUUACAGACAGGGCAGUGUGGAAAUCAGGUUGGAUGCAAGUUCUGGGAAACAAUCAGCGGAGAGCACGGAAUAGACCAGACAGGUAGGUAUGUUGGUGAAUCUGACAAUCAGCUGGAAAGGAUUAAUGUGUACUACAACGAGGCGUCAUCGAAGAAAUAUGUCCCACGUGCGGUUCUAAUUGAUCUUGAGCCAGGGACAAUGGAUGCAGUAAGACAGGGACCGUUUGGAGAUCUAUUUAGGCCAGAUAACUUUGUAUUUGGACAAAGCGGUGCAGGAAAUAACUGGGCAAAGGGACACUACACUGAAGGAGCAGAGCUGAUAGACUCGGUGAUGGAUGUGGUAAGGAAGGAGGCAGAAUCGAGUGAUUGCUUACAAGGAUUCCAGAUAACCCAUUCACUUGGAGGAGGAACUGGAGCAGGAAUGGGAACUCUACUACUGUCGAAGAUCAGAGAAGACUUUCCGGACAGGAUGAUAUGCACAUUUUCAGUGGUUCCAUCACCGAAGGUAAGUGAUACAGUAGUUGAGCCUUACAAUGCAACUCUUUCUAUACACCAGCUUGUUGAGAAUGCAGACGAGACAUUCUGUAUUGAUAAUGAGGCAUUGUAUGACAUAUGCUUUAGGACACUAAAGCUGAGUAAUCCUGGAUACGGAGAUCUGAAUCAUCUUGUGUCUCUGGUAAUGAGCGGAGUGACCACAUGUCUCAGGUUUCCUGGGCAGCUGAAUGCAGAUCUGAGGAAGCUGGCUGUGAAUAUGAUCCCGUUUCCUCGACUUCACUUCUUUGUGGUGGGAUUUGCACCGCUGAUUGCAAUAGGAACACAGAAAUUCAGGACGUACUCUGUGUCUGAGCUUACACAGCAAAUGUUUGAUUCAAAAAACAUGAUGACUGCAUGCGAUCCCAGGAAGGGAAGAUAUCUAACGGUUGCAGCAGUAUUCCGUGGUAAGAUUUCAAUGAAGGAUGUUGAUGAGCAAAUGUCAAUGGUACAGUCGAAGAAUAGCUCAUUGUUUGUUGAGUGGAUCCCAAGCAAUGUGAAGACUGCAGUGUGUGACAUUGCACCUACUGGGCUUGAGAUGUCGGCAACGUUUGUUGGAAACACCACAUCAAUUCAGGAACUAUUUAAGAGGAUCUCAGACCAAUUUACGGUGAUGUUCAGAAGAAAGGCAUUUUUACAUUGGUAUACUGGAGAGGGUAUGGAUGAGAUGGAGUUUUCAGAGGCUGAGUCUAAUAUGAAUGAUUUGCUUUCUGAGUAUCAACAGUAUCAAGAUGCAACUGUUGGAGAUGUUGAGGAGUUUUUGGUUAAUUAA